AUGACCCCUGAGGAGUGCCUUUUGAUCAAGUGCUUCGACACGAAGCUAGACGGCCGAGCCAGGCGUGCUCCACACAGUGCGAUCCGGACUCCAAACGAUCAUGGCCCACCACGCGAAAGCAUUGAGCUCGGUUCUGGAUACAUUGUCGGUUGA